AUGGAGGCGGUCUUCAUUUCAGGCGCUCAAGGAUUGAACACUGAAGGCCUUGGCGAAGGAGGAGAUCUCGGUCGCAGGAAUCGACACCAUUCGAUUGACGCCGUCGGGCGUUCUUUUUCGUCUUCGGCGCUCCGCGGAAGGUAUUCUCCUGAAGGACGAACUCCUCGGGGACGCUUUAACAGCGAUCUUGGAACCGGCGCCUUUGAACAGGCAGCGAAAUUUCUGAGGCCAGAGAAAAUCUCUGUAUAUCCUCUGUUGGGAAGAUCAGCCAAAAGACGAAGAGAGCGAGUCAAAAUCAAUGUCAGUGGAAUGAUCUAUGAGACUCUAGAGUCAACACUAUCACGCUUUCCGGAUUCACUUUUGGGAUCUCCAAAAAAGCGGGAAAAAUACUUCGACUCAAAGAAACGCGAAUUCUUUUUCGACAGAAAUCGCAUCGCCUUCGAUGCUAUACUUUAUUUUUAUCAGUCGUACGGUAAAUUGCUCCGGCCGGCCGAAGUUGACCGAAAAGCGUUUUUAGAUGAAAUUCAAUUUUUUGAGUUGGGGGACGACGUUAUUGAACGCUUUAAAGCGUUAGAAGUGAGCGUGGAACCGGAAUCUGGACCGAUGCCCGAGAAUCCGUUACAGAGGAAAAUAUGGGAAGUAAUGGAACUUCCCCAUUCAUCCCUUCUUGCUCAGAUUGUUGCCAUAUGGUCCGUGUUUGUUAUCUUGCUGUCAAUUGUAAUAUUUUGCAUUGAGACUUUGCCGCGUUUCCGGGAGAGCCGAAAUGACAAAAACUCAGCGCUUUACGGCUUAGAGAUGUUCUGCGUGGCAUGGUUUACUGUGGAGUACGUUGUACGCCUGCUUGCCGCACCUCAAAAACUGCGAUUCAUUCGCGGCUUUUUGAACAUCAUUGAUCUUAUUGCCAUAUUGCCUUAUUACAUUAUAUUGGGGCUGUCGGCAGGUGGAAAUGGAAAAGAUUCUGGCUCGUCCGUGGCCUUCUUUCGAAUCCUUCGCUUAGUCCGAGUUUUCCGAAUUUUCAAGCUUUCUAGACAUUACCGAGGACUGAAGAUUCUUGGCAUGACUUUGAAAGCAAGCCUGCGAGAACUUCUCCUACUGUCAUUUUUUUUACUCAUGGGAGUCAUAAUAUUUUCCAGCGGGGUUUACUACGCUGAGAGCGCUAAUUUCGGAAGCAUCCCAGAAGCCUUUUGGUGGUCAGUAGUUACCAUGACAACGGUAAGUAUUGCCAUGGUAACCUUGACUCAUCGGACAGCUUCAGUCAUCACCUUUCAUCUCGCAUUCGGUGAUUGGCUGGCGAUGAUUAUUUCUUUCCUUCAAUCUGCGAAUAGUGAUAAUCUGAGUGAUAAUUAAAUUCAAAAAGUUAAAGAGCUAUCUAAAUUGAAAUACAUGAUUCCCUUAAAUGAAAAAUGAUUUUCUUAAUUUACAAUUCCCACAUUUGCAAAUCACGUUUAGUUGUUAAAACAACUUUGUAGUCUCAGAAACUCGCCGCUUUUUUAGAUCAACGCUUUGUGAAUAAGGCCAUUUAAAUCGUGAAUAGAAAUCGAGCGACCCGCAGUUUGAAAUUUGCAUAAUACAGGUAAAAGCUUGAAUAAAAGUUAAAAGCAAACGACAGAGGAAAAUUUACCCUAACAGCUAGACAAAUUAAUAAACAUUUUAAGGUUUUUAUCGAAAAUUCUACUUCAGGCGAUCAGCUUCAAACACCGGUCAGCCUAUAACAAUUCAGCUAUUUUUGUUGCCAUUCUUUUUCAAAAAAAAUAAUGACUAAGACGUAGAUAUCUCAAAAAGUUAAGCGCAUUUCUUGCCAAAGGCGACUGCAAAACCUACUUACGACAUGUUCGGAUCAUACCUCGUAGGUAGUUUGAAUAGAUUCAUCUUAUCGUGUGGCGUUACCAAACGAAACUGCAAUGUUCUUAAAAACACGGAUAGGUGGCUGCUAAUAAAAAAAAAUAAAAUGCCUACUGCAAAACGAUAUUUUCAUACAAUUCUACAAGGCCCCAAAACCUCGUUGCGCUAUUUUUAAGUCUCAAAGAAAAAUAAGAGGUUCAACAAAUUUAUCUCACUUUCGCAUUCAGCACCUGGAGUAGCCUGCAUUUAAAAUAAUAUUUACGCGUUAAGUGCGAUGAACAAGGCAUUUCUAUAAGGAUCAAAUUCUGAUUCAGCGUGAAUAGACAAUCGAUUAUUUUGAUAUUAAGAAGUUGAAUUCUUCACCGGAUGUUCAUCUACAAUAUUUUGACUUAUUUUUGGGUAGCUUUCAUAUUUAAAUCAAGGUUGGCGUCACAAUUAAAAACUGGAUAUAUUCCUUUAUAUCACGGCAAAUCUCACACAGUCUUCCACAAAAAAAGUCUUACUAAGAUUUUUUUCUAUCUAUUCAUGGUCAUCGUGGUUUUCAUUCUCCACCGCAAAAGCUGAAAAAUAUCAAGAAGAUAACAGCAUUUUGGUAUUAUAGAAAAUAAAAAGGUCUUAAUGAUAAGUUGCAAAGCUACCUUUACCAACAUCAAAAGGACUAAAUGAUUUUUAAUUUCGCAGAUAUGACACAUUUUUAAGUCAUAUGGAACUGAGAAAGCACGUUUGCUAAGAUAACGUAUCAAAUAUAUCUUUUCUUAGUGCUUUUUGGACUGAAUGAUUUGCUAAGUGGUUAAACUGCUUUCCAAUGCAAAAGUUUGAAAAAUCCUUUGCAUAGUGUUCGCAGACGCCAUUAUUUUCUCGGAGUGGGGUUCUAUUUUUGACCAAGAAAGCAUGGCGUUUUAACACUCUUUAUCUUUCGGUUUCAUAUUGUUUUUUGCCUGUCUUUUUAAAGCCCCUUCUCAUACAAAACAACAAGAAAAGUAUAAAAGUGAGUAAUUCCUUUGCCUCUCGAGAUGCAUAAAAUGACAACGCAUGCGCAGAAAACAAAACAAGAUCUUUGAAAUUUGAAUACUAAAAUCGAUAAAAUAUAAUUAUUUUCACUCUAUGACAGUGAAAAUAAAAACUGGCAAAGUUUUCAUGCAGCUUUUUUUUGCAGCUAUUUUCAUUAGAGUUGUUAACUAACGUCUUAACUUUGCUUAUCUAAGGUCAGUUAAAAAAAUUAUUGAAGAACUGCUAUGGAGCAUGCAAUCAUAAUUUCUCCUUAUGUGGAAUUAUGAUCCGGCUAAACAUCAUCACUAUUUUGUUUACGCAAGCUGUAGCUUCAAAUUAAGAAUUUUAACACCAAAAUGAAGCCUGGAGGUCAAUUAACGUAAACGUUAAAGAGUAAUAAAUGAGAUGAAAAAGGUCUAUUUGCAUGCGAAGAUAAAAAAGACGUAAAGGCGUUUUCUUGAAAAUCACUGUUCUAUUUCCCUCAGCGGUGAGUUUCACUCUUUUGAUCAAAGCUUAGCUAGUCUGUCCACAGACGUUUUUCUUUUUCUUUUUUUUCGAUCAAUGAAUGCUUCGCGGUUUUUAUUUCCAUACGCGCCCUCGACGCGAUCGAAAUAGAGAAAAUAGAAGGUAUGUGAACAAACUAAGGCCGGCUUAGCUGAAAUUAUAACUAAGUAACCUUAGUCAUCUUUUCUAUUACUUGAAACCAUAAAAGAAAGAUAUCAAAUGAUUCUAACAAAGGGAAAAAAGGAUGAUCAGUUUUUGGACAUGUUUCGACAACAUGAUUUUAAAAUGAAAAAGUUACCCUCUCCCCCUUUUUUUUAAAGUGGCAAUCCGUUUCCAUCCUGGCAAUUGAAAGUCAAAAACAUGCACUUUUAGUUGAGGUAUAUAGUGGUAGAGCAGUUUUACAUCAAACAGAACCCUCUUUGAUUUCAAUGUUUCGCCUUGGGCUCAUAUGAGAAAUUUCAGCCCGGUUUCUGAGAUCAAAAAAAGGGCAAAGAUCCUGGGGACGAGUUCGGGCGCGAAAUUCGUGAAACGAAGCAAACAUCGCGAAACACAAAAAUUUUGACUAUCGCGCAGCCUGCUGACCGAGAUCCCGAUUUGAAAAACUGAGAUCUCGGGAACCGAACCAGCCCGCCCUCUCAUAUAAACACAUCGAAAAUUUUACAAAGGAUUUAGAGGUAAGGUGAGAUCUUGGAAAGCGGGCUAGCCCGGUUAACCGGGCUCAUGUGAAGAGGUCCUUCAAAUCAAAUCAAAUCAAAUCCUUUAUUUAGACACGUAACACCCAGGAGCACUAAAGUUCUCGUUAAAACGUGUACGUGUAACAACGUGUUAAAACGUGUACGUCCUUAGCCAUUGAAUCUGUUUCCUGUCGUCUUUUAAUACGGAUGGCAAGGAUGCACAAUGGAUUGAAACUUGAAAAAACCGGGCCAAAUUUUUCAAGUUUUAAUGCUAUGCUUGCAAAAAUCACCAAAAAAUAUUUAUUACGCCACGGUAAGUAAUCCCUUAUGAAAUUGUUUGAAACAUUCUUCUUACAUGCUACAGGAGCAUUUUGUGUAAGGCCUGCCAAAGGUAUACUGAAUUGUAAGUAUAAUCAACCUCGUCCCCAGGGCUUUUCCCCCCCCCAUCCAUUUCUUAAGGGAAAAGCCCUGGGACCGAGGUUGAAGUAUAAUGACUUCGGGAAAGAAUUAACCUUUUAAGCCCCAAUAUCCACAUACAAAUUCUCCAAACUGAUCUCCAUACAUCUCCUUUAGGAAUAAGUUGAGAGAAUUUGACAAAAGAUCAUGGAAUUUUCUCUAUGGUGAUCAUUUUAUUAAUUCUCAUAACCUUAUCUCUUGACAGUGUAUGGAUAUUGUUAAGAGAAAAUUGUUGUUGGUCACUAUUGGGACUUCAAGGGCUAACUUAAAACAGAAAUAUCAUCAUGCCAUAGCCCUUUUAAGAUAGUAAACGUCCAUUGUUACUGGCUCACUGUUAUUCUUUGUCUGCUAGGUUGGUUAUGGCGACAAGACACCAACAACAGCAUGGGGAAAGGUGAUUGGCUCGAUGUGCGCAGUCGCAGGCGUGCUUACUCUUGCCUUACCAGUCCCAGUAAUUGUGUCAAACUUUAGCUAUUUCUACACCUUGGACAAGGAAAAGAGAGCCCUGUAUAAAGAGGAUUCCAAGGUUACUAUAUCACGGGAGCAAUCUUCUGCAUCCACAUCUUAACUGAGUCAUUCUUGAUUACACAGAAAGCAGGGUGGGUCUAGAGGGUUUCUUGGGGUGCCAGUGCAAUUCCCUUCCGACCCCCUACGGAUACAACUUCCCCCUUGUCACCCAAAUCAUAAGUAUUCCUUCUUCACUUCAAUACAAACUCUGUAUGCGAGGUGAACACUUCCAGUUAAAUACUAGAUUCUACCCCGCCAUGAUGUGGCAAUGAAUUAAUAGUGAGCUGAAGCAAAACCAUUUUUUAAGCGAGUCACGUCAAAGGGAGACAGUAGUCUUUUUGUUUGCCCCAAAUUUUUGGAUGAAAUCAGUCUCAAUGUUACAUAAAUGUACUGCUAAAGAAACUAAGUGCACUUUCCAUUUGUCAGAACUGACGGGCAAAACCAUUCCCGUCGUAAUGAGAAUUUCACUUUUAAUCAAACCUAUCCAGCGAGAUCAGUCAAAUCCUGAAUAGUAUGCACGAAGGAGAUGGUUUUCAGCAAAAACCCUUUUGAAAAAGCCGAUGUCAUUUGCUAACUGACUGGUCCGGCAAUGGUCCGGCCGGCCAGUUCUGACAAGUGGAAAGUGGCCGCCCUAAGAAAUACAAAUUUCAGGGUGGCUUUUUAGAGGCAUACUAAAUAGUGAGCUUAAGCAAAGAAAUUUUUGAGCGACGCAUGCAUGUCAACCGGAAGUGGUCUUUUUUUAUUUUUAGAAGGUGGUUUUGCCCAAAGUUUGGACAAAUCGUCUCUAUUUUCGUCUCCUUAUUAUAAAGACACUUAGAAAUGCAAAUUUGGUAGCCUCACUUCCGGUUGACGUGCGUCGUUCAAAAACGCCUUUGCUUAUCGGGGG